AUGGCGAGUUUAUUGAUAGGCCACAGCUACAGUGUACGGCUAUGAUUCGUGGGAAAGAUGGACCAAGGUUCCAUCAAAUUUAGUCAGGGUUUCAAGUUUCAGCUUCGUUUUGGUCUGAUCAUGUGUGAAGAAAAGUUUAAUAACAGACAGGCCGUCUUAGAGUGUGAAACGUCCACAGCUAUCAACAGCAUAGAUCAACUAGUGAAUGAUAAAUUCUCCAAGAUGUCAGUUGCCACUACACCCGUGCUCUCUCCGUCUUCCGUAACCCGCGGACAUACUCCCCAUGACAUCAGUACACACGGAGACCCGACUUUGCAUAUCACGACUCCGGUAUCUAUAAAUAACGCGUCAACUAGCAUUACAGACUCAUCCGCCACCCUUAUUAGGACGCGUGCGACCUCUACUUUGACCUCCACCGUUUCCGAAGGACAUAUGAUUUCGCGCAUCACGUCCUUCGAUGUUACACCAUCACUGAUUUCGGAAAAUGUAUCCUCAACGACGAAUAUAGACAAAAGUUUUGACAAGGGUAUCGGGGAUGAACUUGAUUAUUUAUUUAUUGUAAUUGUUCUGCCUUUACUCUUUAUCAUGUGUUCCCCACGGGCUCCUAAACGAUUUAACUACUUCAACAUCCCGGUCGAGCACUUUGAUAUGGACAGCGGCGCACAAAACCACGGUGGGCCCUGA